AAAUCAGUCAUCCAUGGGGUGGUUGCUUCUGUUUUUGCAUCUUUUGCUCUUCCAUUUUCUAUCUUCUUCUUCUUCUUCUUUCAAUUUCUUAUGUCAUGAUGAUGAGAGCUCUGCUUUGCUUCAAUUCAAGUCUUCCUUCAAUAUAACUACUUACUCUAUUUAUUGCGAUGAAACUGCUUCAAAAACAGCAACAUGGAAAAAUGGGACUGAUUGUUGCUUGUGGCAUGGUGUCACAUGUCACAACAUCUCUGGUCACGUGGUUGGCCUCAACCUUAUCUGUGAAGGCAUUAAAGGUGAAGUUCCUAUUCAAAUCUCACAUCUUCCUAAAUUAGAAUCACUUCAUCUCUCUGAAAAUGAGUUGGUUUGGAAAGAGACUACCUUGAAGAGGCUUGUACAAAAUGCAACCAAUUUAAAAGAACUAUUUUUGGAACAAACUGAUAUGCCUUCAAUAAGACCAGACUCUGUAGAUUUGAUCUUCAAUCAAUCUUCCUCUUUGGUUACACUUAAUCUUCAACAAACAGGAUUAAGUGGAAAAUUGAAAAAGAGUCUUCUUUGUUUACCAAAUAUUCAAGAGCUAGAUAUGUCAGGCAAUGACAACCUUGAAGGCCAACUUCUAGAAUUGAGUUGCAGCACUUCUCUCAGAAUCUCUGAUUUCUCUGAUUGUCAAUUCAAUGGGCCAAUUCCUCAGUCUUUUUCUAACUUAACACACCUUACUUCCCUAAUUCUUUCAAGAAAUAAUCUUAUCGGUUCAAUCCCAUCCUCACUUUUAACUCUUCCGCAUCUAACUUAUUUGGAUGCCUCUUACAAUGCUCUUAGUGGUCAAAUCCCAAAUGUAUUUCGCAAGUCAAAUAGAUUUCAAAAAUUAGACUUGAGUUACAACAAAAUUGGUGGUCUGCUGCCAACGUCUACAUUUCAUGCACACUUUCUUUCAGUCAAACAAACAAUCUACAUUUCAUUUUCAUUAUGAAGAAAAAUCAGUCAUCCAUGGGGUGGUUGCUUCUGUUUUUGCAUCUUUUGCUCUUCCAUUUUCUAUCUUCUUCUUCUUUCAAUUUCUUAUGUCAUGAUGAUGAGAGUGAUGCUUUGCUUCAAUUCAAGUCUUCCUUCAAUAUAACUACUUACUCAAUUUAUUGCGAUGAAACUGCUUCAAAAACAGCAACAUGGAAAAAUGGGACUGAUUGUUGCUUGUGGCAUGGUGUCACAUGUCACACCAUCUCUGGUCACGUGGUUGGCCUCAACCUUAUCUGUGAAGGCAUUAAAGGUGAAGUUCCUAUUCAAAUCUCACAUCUUUCCAAAUUAGAAUCACUUCAUCUCUCU